ACUGCUCCUUGUGGCCUCUUCCCUCCAUGGCCCUCCUGGCUCUCACCCUGGCACUGCUGGCAAUGACCGUGACCACCGUGGCCAUAACAUUGAAACCCCUGGACAUGGCCCUGGACUCUUUCGAUGACCAGUACCAGGGCUGUGUCCCUGCCAUGAGGGCAGAGCUGCCAGCCCUGAACUGCUCCGAGUUCGAGAACAAUCCUCUCUUUGCCAAGGUCUGGCCAAAAGCCGUGGCAAAGUGGCAGAGUGAGGGGUCCCCUGUGUCCCCUCUGUCAUCCUCAGCCCAGGCCAUCGCCAUCAUGGCCUACACCAUGAGUGACCUGUACAGGAGGUUCAACAAAAAAGUGCGAGAGGCUGGGCGCUCCCCCCAGGAAUACCGGGACAAUUUCCACUUCAAAACUCUGCAUUUCCUGCUGACCAACGCCCUGGCCACGUUGAGGGCUGCUCAGGGGCAGCAAUGUCGCUGGGUGUACCGAGGGGUGCGCAUGUACAAGUUCAAGGCAAAGGUUGGUGACAUCGUCCGCUUUGGUCAAUUCGCAUCAUCAACAAUUCACAAAAAUGUCAGCAAAAAAUUCGGGACCACCACGAUGUUCAAGGUGAAGACGUGUCAGGGUGCAGACAUCCAGGCUUACUCCUAUUAUUCCGAUGAGGCAGAGGUGCUGAUCCCACCCUUCGAGGAGUUCAAGGUCACCAAAGUCAUUGAGAAAGGGGAGAAGGUGGAGAUCCACCUCGACUCCAUUGGGACCUACAGCAAAUACAACUGCGAGUGGCUGAGAGGGGCCAUCAAGCCUGGGGACAUGAAGGAGCUCAGUGGGCAUGGGGACAGGAACAUCCAUGACAGGAUGGGAGUGUCCCCAGGGCCCCUGCCAUCUUGGAGGACUCCUCCUGGCCACCACAGCCCUGGCAGCGGCCACUGGUAUCCUCUGAACCACGACGCCACCAAGGUCACCGAGGUCACUGUGGUCACUGUGGCAACCAUGACCACCGUGGCCACCUGA